AUGUCCUUAAACAUCGGUGGAACUGCAACAGACAAUGCCAAAGGAGGUCAUGACAUUAAUGUCAAGGCCAUGGGUCAAGUUGGUGAUUGGGAAGAAAAAUUGGGAGCAACCGCUGGUGUCUUUGCCCAAGGCAAUAAUAAAAAGGGUCCCGCUACAACGGGAGCCUUUGCAGAAUUGAGUUCCAACGGCCAUGGUUUGGGUAUACAACACAGCAAUACCCAUGGCGUUAGUAAAUCAAUGGGUGAAAAUUUGCGCAUUAAUGCUUUUAAAAACGAUCAACACUCGGUGGAUCUUAAUGCCUUUCAUAAUCGUACACAAAUGCAGAAUGGUUUGAAAUUUGAUUCGGUGGGAGCGAAUGCUGGCUGGUCACAUGCCCAGGGUCAUUCGGCUACGGUGGGUGUAACACAAAUUCCCAAAUUUGGUGUUACCACCAUGGGUGCCACUGGCACCGCCAACUUAUGGACUUCUCCCAAUCAGGCAUCAUCCCUUAAUAUGAAUGCCUUUGGCAAUCAACAUUUGAGUGGACCAUUCCAAGGAAAACGUGAUUUUGGUGGUGGUUUGGGUUUUACACAUAAAUUUUAAACAUUUCAUAUCGGAUUUCUAUAUUUUAUUAUAACUAUAAGCGGGUUUCUCUUAGGUAAUGUGAAUAUCGAAUA